AUGGAAUUGUUCAAGGCUUUUCGAUUGAUUACUAUCCCAAUUACCCUCUUAAUCAUUUCGCCAACGUUGAUUAACGGGCAGAUUAGCACGCCAUGCACAGCCUCAAUGAUCAGCAACUUCACCCCAUGCAUAAAUUAUAUCACUGGGAGCAGCAGCAAUGGCACGUCACCACCAACACAGAGCUGUUGCAGUUCGGUAAAGUCGUUAUUGGGCACCGGCACGGACUGUGCUUGCCUUCUCAUAACUGCCAGUGUCCCAGUCCAACUGCCCAUUAACCGAACCCUGGCGCUCUCUCUUCCUCGAGCUUGUAACAUGGGGGGCAUCCCAUUACAGUGCAAAGCCUCCGCUAGUCCCUUAGCGGCUCCAGGUCCUGCCUUACUAGGGCCAACAGCUUCUUCUCCUUUAAGUCCGAGAGCUUCUAAGGCAGUGGCAGAAGCUCCUGCACCACAAUCUGGGACAGCUGAUGAUCUGCAGCCAACAUCUCCACCAGUAGAAUCAGAAGCUCCAACACAAUCUACUCCAGGGAGUGGUCGACUGACCCCAUCACCAUCAGCAUCUACUCUAUCUUAUGUUUCCCCACCCUCUCUCCUACUCAUAAUUUUGGGACUCGUGGUUUAUAAGUCCUACUGA